CCGGGUGCGUGGCCGCAGGGCAGGGCGGCGCGGCGCGGCGCGGCUCGGGGUUGUCUCUUCGCUGCUGAGCGCGUAGAACGUGAACUAUUUGGAAAGGCUUCAGAUUGUGCGAAAAAGAUGUUUCCUUUAAAAGACACUGAGAUGGGUGCCUCCACUUUCUUCGCCUCUGCUCUGCCACAUGACGUUUGUGGAAGUAACGGCCUUCCUCUGACACCCAACUCCAUCAAAAUUUUGGGGAGAUUUCAAAUCCUUAAAACAAUCACCCAUCCCAGGCUUUGCCAGUAUGUUGACAUUACCAGGGGAAAACAUGAGAGGCUGGUUGUGGCUGCUGAACACUGUGAAAAGAGUCUAGAAGAUUUGCUACGAGAAAGAAAGCCAGUCAGUUCUUCAAGGAUUUUAUGCAUAGCAUAUGAAGUUUUGCAGGGCUUGCAAUAUAUGAACAAACAUGGAAUGGUCCACCGAGCACUGUCCCCGUGUAAUAUUCUUUUGGAUCGAAAGGGUCAUGUCAAGUUGGCUAAAUUUGGACUCUACCAUAUGACAGCUCAAGGUGUUGAUGUUGAUUUUCCUAUAGGGUACCCGUCAUAUCUGGCACCUGAAGUAAUUGCACAGGGAAUAGUCAAAUCAAGUGAUCAUACUCAGUCUGAGAAGCCUCUGCCUUCUGGCCCUAAAUCAGAUCUGUGGUCUCUUGGUAUAAUAUUAUUUGAGCUUUGCUUGGGGAGAAAAUUAUUCCAGAAUUUGGAGAUAGCGGAAAGAUUAAAAUUUAUAAUUACAUUAGACUGUAUAGAUGAUAUUGUAACUGUAUUAGCUGAAGAACAUGGUUGCCUUGAUAUUAUUAAGGACCUUUCUGAAAAUAUGAUAGCUCUACUGAAGAAAUGCCUUACGUUCCAGCCUUCUAAGAGGCCAACGCCAGAGGAGUUGCUGCAUGACAGUUUGUUCAGUGAAGUAUCCUUGGCAUACUCUCCCUUUCACAAACCUGCUGGUCUGUUCUCAUCAUCUCCCAGGUGUGCUAAUUUAACGCUUCCUGAAGACAUCACCCUAUUGUGUAAAGAUGAAGAUAGCGAUUACCUAGCAGAAAGAUCAAUUGAAGAAGUUUAUCAUCUCUGGUGUUUGGCUGGAGGAGACUUGGAGAAAGAACUUGUCAACAAGGAAAUCAUUCGAUCAAAGCCACCUGUCUGCACGCUUCCCAACUUUUUAUUAGAAGAUGGUGAGAGCUUUGGGCAAGGACGAGACAGAAGUUCCCUCCUAGAUGACACAACUGUGACUUUGUCUCUGUGCCAACUCCGAAAUAGGCUGAAAGAUGUUGGUGGGGAAGCAUUUUAUCCAUUGCUUGAAGAUGAUCAGUCAACUUUACCUCAUUCAAAUAGUAGUAAUGAGCUGUCUGCAGCUGCCAGUCUUCCUCUGAUCAUCCGGGAGAGGGACACAGAGUACCAGCUAAACAGAAUUGUCCUGUUUGACAGGCUCUUGAAGGCCUAUCCAUACAAGAAAAACCAAAUAUGGAAAGAAGCCAGGGUUGACAUUCCUCCUCUUCUGAGAGGCAUAACCUGGGCUGCCCUCUUGGGUGUUGAGGGCGCCAUACAAGCCAAGUAUGAUGCCAUUGAUAAAGACACACCAAUUCCUACGGAUAGACAGAUUGAAGUUGAUAUUCCUCGUUGCCAUCAGUAUGAUGAAUUGCUGUCAUCACCAGAGGGUCACGCAAAGUUUAGACGUGUACUGAAAGCUUGGGUUGUUUCUCAUCCUGAUUUGGUGUACUGGCAAGGUCUUGACUCUCUUUGUGCACCAUUUCUGUACUUGAAUUUUAACAAUGAAGCUCUGGCAUAUGCUUGCAUGUCUGCUUUUAUCCCCAAGUAUUUAUAUAACUUCUUUCUGAAGGAUAAUUCUCAUGUUAUUCAAGAAUAUCUCACAGUGUUUUCUCAGAUGAUUGCAUUCCAUGAUCCAGAGCUGAGUAACCAUCUUAAUGAAAUUGGCUUUAUUCCAGAUCUUUAUGCUAUUCCUUGGUUUCUUACGAUGUUUACACAUGUCUUUCCUUUGCACAAAAUUUUUCACUUGUGGGAUACAUUACUUCUUGGAAAUUCCUCCUUCCCUUUCUGUAUUGGAGUGGCUAUACUUCAGCAACUGAGGGAUCGGCUUCUGGCUAAUGGAUUCAACGAAUGCAUUCUCCUUUUUUCAGACUUACCAGAGAUUGACAUUGAGCGUUGUGUCCGUGAGUCAAUCAACCUAUUUCGCUGGACCCCAAAGAGUGCUACAUACAGGCAAUACGCACAGCCUGCACGUCAAGGCAGUGAGAGCAAUGGCACAAGAAGUUCGAUGUCCUGCUUUUCAGCAGAUUAUCAGGAAGCACCUAAAAGUGAACUGUCUAGAGAUUCUAUCAAGCUGGAUGACCUGAAGGCAGAGGUAUCACCACGAAUUUCAGCAGAAGAUUUGAUUGACCUGUGUGAGCUAACGGGACCUAGUCAUUCCAAAACACCUGUAAAGAAAACAAAGUCUAGCAAGCCAAAGCUGCUGGUGGUGGACAUUCGUAACAGUGAAGACUUUAACCGUGGCCACAUUUCUGGCAGCAUCAACGUUCCCUUUGGUUCAGCAUUUACUGCGGAAGGGGAUCUUGUCCAGUGCCCAGCUACUGCCAUGCUCCAGAGCUUUAAAGGAAGAGUCGUCGUGAUUGUAGGAAAUGCAGUGAAGAACACAGCUGCCUUUGCAGCUCAUCUAGUGAAAAACAAAUACCCACGGGUGUGCAUCCUAGAUGGAGGAAUAAACAAGAUCAAGCCAACUGGACUCCUCACUGUUCCUUCUCCACAAAUAUAAGUGACUAUAAACGUUCGGGACAGUACGUCUAAAUAGGGAAGUAGAGCAUGAAUAUCAUGAACCCAAAGGGCAUUAUGACAUUUCCAUUUUACAAGCUACCCAGAUGAUCAGUGUCUUUCCCUGCAGAUCUAGAGCGAAGGAGUUCUGUUUUUAUUCUUUGACAGAGAACUGCAGUUGGAACAGAUGAAAGAUGUGAAGCUUCAAAUCUUCUAAGAAACUUCUUUCAGCAGUUAAGAAGUGUGCAACUGGUUGAGCAAAUUUGAACACACACAAAGUCAGUAUAACUCAUCUGGCAUUUGGUACCUUAGAAAUGUUUCUGCAGAACAAAAGAAGCUGGCAAUUGAUGGCUCUAAGCUGCACUUAUAUAAAUUAUUUUUUCAAAAUAUUUUACUGUGAAUAUUGAGAGUAACAAGCUGAAAUUGUAUCCCAUAUUUCAACAAAGGAAAAAGUGUGUUCUCUAGUAUUUUAAAGAAUAAUUGUUGUAUGUUGUGACCCACUUUGUUUUUGAGAAAGCAUUUUUCGGUCUGGAUUGGAAAUAAAGGUGUGUCCCAGAUCGGAAAUCACUGUGAGAUAUGCUGAUGAGUCAAUGCAAACAGUAUCAUCUGCUGGAGAAGAGAAGGCCUGCUCCUGUGUGGAGAAUUUAACAUCAUGUUUCCUGAAACACAGCAAGCCAAUAAUUUCUGAAAUGAUUACUUAUACCAGAAACUUAGACUUUCACAAAGCUGUGGCUUAUAACAAAAAAUCAGUUAUUCCGCAAAUAGUGCUUGUCCAUAUUAGAAGCUCACACUUUAAAAAGAAACAAUGCAGUUUAAUUUUCCUAUCAGUCUAGAGUAAUCACUUUUGUAGCAGUAUACUUUCUAAUAAGAGGCAGAACAUUCGAUUUGGUUCACUUCAGUGUUCUUUGUGCCAGUGGUGUCACUUUUUGAAUGCCCGUUUCUUAAACCUGAGAGAUCAAGACAGCAAUCCUAUUUCUAAACCGACUAGCUGCAAGUAUUGUAGUUGAGUGAAAGCAGGUUCCACAAAGGGCCUAAGGUGACUGUCCACUAGAAGAUGUGGAAAUUACUUUGCAACCAGAAAUUAAGAGCAUUGAAAUCACAGAAGAGACAAGAAUUGGGGCGUCUCUGUUGCCAAGGAGCUAAGAAUACACUUGAUUCAGACAAAUACCGCCUUUCAGAUGUAGAAAAAGACCUAAUUUCUUCCCCUCAGAAUUCUAGGAAACAUGCAUUCUUGCAAACAUGUCAAAUUCAUUAUUCUAAAAAUAGUUUUUAAAAAAUGACUAGGAAGAGAAAAGGAUCUUCAUCUUUAUGAAUGUUAUGUGAAAAUAGUACCUUUAAUCCAAAAAGACCAGUUGUGAAAAUGUGAGACUGACAAAAUUCUCUGGAAUUAAAUGUUCUGACAGGGGCAUUUGGAAGAAUUUACUUUAGUCAGAGGGGAAGAAGAAACUGGGAGAUUUCUCUUUCUAGAUUUUUAAAGUUACGAAAACACUGGUUUGGCAUGAGGCUUAAUAAUCACUUAAUGGCUUAAAAUAAUUAAGUGUGGGGUAUUAACAGUAUUUUGUAGAAACAAAAUAGCACCAGUGAUGAUCUGAACACCUGGCCGCAGUUGCAUACUGAUUUGCUGUGUGAGUUUGGCACUGUGCUUUUUAUUAGAGCCUGUGAAAUGGCCAGAAGUUUUUAUUCUGAAUCUUGAAAAUCUAGUCUCUAGCACAAUGUGCUAUCUGCAGGGAGAUUAAGUGUUUUUGAUGACCCUAUUGAAAAAGUGUGACAGAGAAAGAAAAGAAUAUGGAGGAAGGAGGGUACCCUUUAGCUCCCUUUAGAUCACAGAUGAGAUAUCUAAAGUGUGAAAUUACAGUAUUCUAUAAAUGUGAUAAUGUAUAUGGGCUUUCUUUGGUCCAAGGUAAAUAUAGUUUACUGAAGGUUUCAAGAAGUCUUCGAGUCUUUAAGAAUAAGGUAUCUGUCAGAUUGACUGCGUAAAUGGUAGGAAGCGAAAGGUAGGGACAAAUCAUCAAGUUUCUCAGUUAGUGGGAUUCUGCAACAAUGUGUGUUGAAGGCCGAUGCUACUCAGCUGACUCCAAAAGUGACCUGCUGAGGGAGAGGAGCAGUGAGGUAACAAGCUUGCUGAUAAUACAAAAUCAUCCACCAUGAUCCAGCUUUUGCCUGGCUGUGCAGAAAAUGAGAAGGAUCUUGUGGUCGUUGGAGGCAAUGAUUCGUUACGAGUGAACACACGUGGGGCCCUGGAGAACAACAUUUUUAGUGCUCAACAGUGAAUUCAUUGAUAGAUAAAACAUCAUCUCAGCUUUUUAACAGCAGCCGGAAGGACACACAGGUUAUUAGUCGUUGUAAUGAAACAAAUGAACAAAACAAGUCAUUAUGCCAUCAUAGAAAUAACCUGUUUGGUACAUUUGGAAUGCAACAUGGACCUUUUGUAGUACCAAAAAAGAUGCACAGCAUUAGAACAGAUACAAAACUGGGCCCAUGUAAGAAGAUACCACAUUGACUAAAACUCUUCAGCUUGGAAAGAGAGGCAGCUAAAAUAGAACAACAGAGAGGUCUCUAAAAUCACAAAUAAAAAAUGAGAACUAGAGAAACACGCGGUAUUUCUUGCAGUACAAAAUGCAGUGGCCAUCUGUUAAUACUGCUACACGAGUAGCACCAAAACCAGAAAUGACCUUUUCCCAAAAUUACAACCUUGAAGCAUGGAACUUGUAGCCAUGAGAGGCCAAAAGUAUCGAAAUACUCAAACAAAGGAUUAUACAGCUUUAUGGAAGAGCUCUCUGACUAUUAACCAUAGAGGUUGAAACACAGUUUUCAGCUCAGAAAAUGCAUGAUCUGUUGACUAGAAGAGGCAGGGAGAAUACACCAGGGAAAGAUCUCGCUCUACUUCUUAAACGAUCCUUUCAAGCAUCUGCCUUUUGUAAGUGGAGAUAGUGCUACACCCACUGCAGCAGUUCUGAUGAUAUUGCACAUUUAAUCUCAGCUAAGUGUUUCCUUCUGCUUUGUACAGGUGCUUAGAAAAGGACUGUAAGCACAGAGAAUGGAAUGCGUUUGAGAAAAUGGGAUUUUAUGUGUACCUAGCUACUCAUUCCUUUGGUACUCAAGGGAGAAAUCAUGAGAGAAGAUGUAUGUAAAAGCAGGAAGCGCGAAGAAUUGCUAAACAACGUUUUUUUCCCAUGUAAAUGCAAGUUCUUUUUUUAAAUGUUCUCAUCUCCCUGGAUAGUUCUGUAGCUAACAGCUGGGUCUAACUGCAAGUUGCUGAUGUACUGCUACUUGCCACUUUAGUCAGCGUUUUUGAAACCGUGCCUAUAAAUAGUACUAUGUCUGGAUUCAGUUAUGUAGGACAAGCACUUGGUCACAGAAGUAGAUUUUAAUCUUCUCUUCCUUAGGGAAAGUCCUUGCAUUUUGUGGUAACUUCUCGUUACAGAAUAUAUUUUGAUUUUGUAGUGUUUGCCCAGUUUAAGAAAAGAACAUCAAAAUGUUUGCUUUGUUGUUCUACUAAUUUGGGCACUGUUCUGGUGGCGCAAACAGUUGUCUGUUUUCAUAGAGCUCUUGAAAGAUUUCUGGAGCCCUGCUUUUGCCUGAUACAUACAUUUCCAGCAUCAUCACUUUUAUAGCUAUACCGUGGUCGUUUUCUGUUUUAGACUGCAACUGGAUACCAUAAAGAUCUAGUAGGAGAAAACAAUUACCACCCUUCCAUGCUCACGUCUUCUACUGCCGGCAGAAAAAUGUCCCAGACAAAUAUUUCCCAGUGUUUGACCUGGUCAAUGCAGCCUCUCCAAGUCUGUUUUUCCCUUCCGUUUUAAAAACCUACCAAAUCUGCCUCAGUCACCUGUACCUACAGCUUCCUGCCAGUGCCACCAGAUUCCCCGUAGGAUACCUAAAUAGACACCCAAGGAGAACAGAGCACAGGAUUUAGACCCUCUUUUGGCUAUCUCACUCCUGUUGAUCAUUGCAGACCAUUACACAGUUGCUGUUUAACUAGAGUAUCCUUCAUUAGAUCAAACAUAGUCCUUUAAGAUUUUUAUUAUGCUUUGCUUCAAGACAUUCUCUUGUGCAAGCAAAUACUUGUCCUACUUGGCCUGUUUUUCAAGUGACCGCUAUUUGUCCUUAUUCUAGAAAUCUCUUCUGGCCUAGAUCUGUAAGGAACCUUCCUUCCUGCACCCAUCUGUCUCUCUUUUUCAUCCUUAUUUCUCUAAGUCUAAGUCAUCUAUAGUGAUGUUAACAUCCCAGCUGAGGAUGGGAACAGCUUACCUUAUGUAGCAGAAAGGAGGGACAUUGUGGUGUUUACUUCACUUUAGCUUUCCCUAACCUGGUUCAUUUCAGCUACUUCUGGUCUGUUGUUUUUAAAAUCUAGCAUGAUUUAUCCCUUUUGAUUUAUGUUCUCCCCUCUGGCAGCCUCGGGCAUUUGGUAGACAGUCUUCCCAAUGUUUCUGAAACAGAAACAGUAACCAUAGCAGCUAGACCAAGGUAGGUAUGUAUUCUUUUACUUAGAUGAUUUCUGUUUCGGAUCUCCUAGAUAAUCUCUGGAAGUGUGAAGGGCUAAAUAAUUUUUUUGGGGGGGUGGGGGGUUAAAUUUCAACAACAGCCUUUCUUUGUCCCUUUUCCAGGCUUUAAUCCAUCACGAGACUGACUUCAUUCAUUGGUUCAUUCCAAUACAGGUGACCUUCUAGCAAAAGACUGUAUCAACAAGCUAACUGACAAGACCAGUACAGUUCAAUUCAUUGCCUUCCUUCCAUGCCUUAGAUAAUUUGUGUAGACAUAAUACAGUGGUGCAAUGUUUGUUCUGUGAUCUUCUGGAUAUCAGAUUAGCCUCUCAGUGCUUGGAAGGCCUGUUCCUGGAGGAACCACCAAAGUGAACCUGCUAAUCUCUGAUACGCCGGCAUCCUGAUAGAACCAGCAGAACCUCGUGGAGCUGCCGUGGGACAAGCCAAGACAACGAUCUGAGGAGGACAUGUUUAAGAGUGGACCGUGCGGAUCUUCUCGCAUGAGCGUGCAUGGGGCUUCCCACUGUCCUGCCUGUGCUCCUGGGCAAUGUGCUCCAAGGGGCUUCUCUGAGAAGGUGCUGCGCGAAGGCCGUGGCAGGAGGGCGUCCAAGGGCAGCUGUUGGCCUUCCACGUCAGACUGCUGAGCACCACAGAGUUAGAAGUUACAAGUGCGGAACAGGAGUUUAUGCAUGCCGUGGUAAUCCUGGUUCACACAUGGGGGGAUCCUGCCUUCGACCAUCCUGGGAGGCAGGAAUCUGGAUAUGCCCAGCGUGGAAGGAAUCAAAAUUAUUCUGCCUGAGAGUCGGAAGCAGGAGACUGCGCUGUCAAAAUGCACAAUGGGGAGAAACCUGGGGGAAGAAGAAUAUAAACAGGACUAUUCCUAGCCUGAAUAAAAGUUGCAGGUUUACACUGAGCCUUAGCUCAGCUAGAUUUUUAUUGCUGUGGAAAAAAAUGAAGUGAUAAAACCUUGUGUAGCUACAGGACAUCGGGAUAGAUCAGCAGGGUCACAUGGAAAGGGCAGCAUCUGCUCCUCCCGGCUGAGAUGGGGGCCUGUGCAGGGCUGCCUGGUGAGGCAGGUGCAGAGCACAAUGGAGAGGGAGCGUUUCACCCCAGCAGCAAACCGGCCUUGCUGCGUCUCUGCUGAAGCGCUAAGUAAACAUGGAGGAGGGAAGGUGGCAGACACAGUGUCACAGCACGACUGGCUGCAGAGGUGAGUCACUUAGCACCCUAACAGCUCUUUUGGAGCCAGACUCUCCAGGACUACCCAACAGCCACCAUCAACUGGGACUUCAGUGCUUUAUAAAGCUUUAUGAUGGUGCUUGUUUAACCCUAUCACAUGCAGCAUGGGAAUGUAAUUAGCAUAUAUCAGCAAAUUAUAUUAUAUUAUAUCAGCAAUUGCAUAAAUAUGCAGAGACCCCAAAUCUUCCUGUUAUCAUCUGAGUACAUAUUUCUAUUUACCUCCUGUACUUAUUCAAAUUCUGGGUUCCAAGGCCCAUUUGCAAAUGGCUAAAAACUCUUUCAGCCUUGCAUAGAUAGGGAACAGAUUUAUGUUUUAACAAGGGAGUCUAAAGCUCAGAGAACUGUAGUAAUAGUGGGUAAAAGACCCCUCUUGGUCCAUUUUAUAUGAUAUUAAUCCUGUUAGAUGCCAUAGAACACAAUUUGUACAUGUUCAGUUGUGUGUGGGACUAUAGGGGCACCUUGCUUCUUGCAAAAUGGACCUUUUAAAUCUCUGAAACUCCUAAAUUACCUGUGAAAUUGUUCUAAAAAAAGCAAGGCUGAAAAUUGUCACUCUUCCUUUUGAAUAAUAUAAUAGUGUUAGCAAAUUUUAAAACAAAAGUAGAUUUCACUAUCAUGUGACAGUGCUAAGUACUUAGCUACUUGCGAUUGGUUGACAUAUCAUCUUUUGACCUGUUUCAUUACACUACAAAUGAGACUUUUCAUCCAGAAAUGAAAACAAGACAUUCCAAUUAGUAGGAAAUAACAGCUGCCUUUACUGAUUAUUUCAAAAUAAUGAUAAGGCAUUUCAAAUAUUCACAAAUAUUUCUGACAUAUUUCAAAAUAACGUAAAACACCAUGAUCGUAGGCAAAGCAAAACAGUUUUAAAGAAAGAUUUUACAAAUGAAUUAUUUCUUCCAUUUCAAAAAGUUUCUUGAUGCACGUUUACUAAAGAAUAGCUGUUUAGUCAAAUGACUUUGCUAUACAUACUGUGCUUUAGGGUGUCCUACAGAACAGAGUGGAAAAAAAUUCUUAAAACAAUACUUUGUCGGAAACAGCUUUUUGGAAUAGGGCCUCUAAUGGGCUUGCCGUUUUAGCUCUGUGGACUUUGUGUAAGGCUUAACAUGGAUUGUUUUUGAAAUGUCAGUUCCAUACUAUAAAACUGUCAAUUAUUUUAUGUUACGUGCAAGUAUUUAAAAGACCUGAAGCCUAUUUUCUUCCAUGUAUGCCUUUUUGAUGCUUUAGGGCUGUGCCACUAACAACAUUUUAUCAAGCUUUGUCAUUUUUCUUAAAUAUUGCAGUUACUUUUUCAAAUUUAUAAUUGUUGACAGUAAUGAUGAUGAUGUUUCUCAUAUAAAAAUCCCAAACUAGAGAAAUUUCCUGGGAAACUGCACGUCACAUGCAAGAUAUAUAACUAAAAAUGUAGUUCAAAGUUCUGCUAAAUAUUUAGUUCCAGCUAGAGCUAAUAUUUGUUUUAGUGCUGAAAAAUGUUUACUGUAUACAAAACACUUGGAUGGAAUAUGGACAUUUGACAAAGAUCACUCGAUGCAUUUUUGCUGUCCAAAUUGUUCGUAUAGCAUUAACACAGCUGCCUUUUUUGCUUACAUUUUUUCAGGUGGGUGGUAAUGGCAUAAAACCACGGCUUGAGCUACCUAAGGGAAGGAACGUGCCUUGUAGUUUCAACAGGCUCAGUCAUACAAGAUGCAGCGUACCUUCUCCAGGCUGCUCAGCCUUCAACUUAACAGGAAGGUGCUUGCAGGAUUGACAGUCCUUUUGGGCUUGCUCCUGAGCUAAAUGCAAACUUGUGUGGCAUGACCAGAUGCCAGCUUGUAUCAGCACCUUAGUGAAGAAACAGCAAGUCAAGUUUGAGUCACGGUAAACCAAGGUGGUGAUCAAAAAGCAUGGUUCCGGGUGGCAGAGCUGAGGCGCGUUCGCGAGUUCUCUGGAGUGAAAGCUUAAGAGACCUUUACCCAGCAUGUGGGACAGUACGGCUGAUAACAAGGAAGGGAGAAAAGAGGGAGCAACAAGUCACAAAGAGCGAGCUCAGGAAAACGUUAAACAACAACAACAAAACUGAGAUGUGCUUGCAGAAAACAAAUAUUCUUGCUCUUCUGAUCUAGGCCAACCCCGCACCAUGCUUAUGUCUGCAGGAGUUGGUCUAGUGCACUAGGACAUCUAUCAGCGCACAGAGUACACCAACUACCCUUUGCCACAGCCAUGGGUUGCACAACGCAAGCAUCACCUGUUCAUCUGGUCAGGCAGCAAGGCAAACAGCAUUUACUGCCAUGCGUUUUGUCAAAGCCUGGCUAAGGCUUCUGAUCUCAAUAAAUAAAUGAAUAAAAUCCAUGCACCACAGGAUAACCCAGUCUAAAACCACCACUUUAAAUACCGAGGUCUUCAUCAGGGGAAAGAGCUGGAAGAUUGAAACCAGUAGUGGUUGAUACAGCACGCUCUGUGCUGGCUUUGCCCACUGGUACGUGCUAAACCACUACCCCAUGCCUCUUUGGGAUACUAUAGGCCACGGUCACACGUGACGAAGCAGCCAUCUGAAAAGAACACCGCAACUCUGCUGAACGUUUGACAAAACUCACAUUGGUCCUACCUCAUGCUCUGAGUGGAUCCUAACAUUUAAUUCCCUCCAUCACUUUCUAAGACAACAAUGAGGGUUACGAGGUGACUGAAUUGCUGCCUGCCUUAUCUCGUGGGAAAUGAGUAAAGAAGCCAAGAGCAAAGCUUUUUCUUCUCUUUUCAGGGAGGCACAUGGACCACUGUGCAAAUUCCUUUCUGAGAGCCAGUUUACUGCUGCCUCAGCUGCAGAAGCAGAUGUGCGGAAAGGAACCUAAAGAAGCUCAGUAUAAGCUGAACAAAAUCAGCUCAAAUCCAUGACCCAUGAACACCGCAAAGAUGUGUUGAUGCAAGAUUAAAACACCAACAGAGUUUAAAGAAACUGAAGGAAGUAGUUGAAAAAGUCCUUUCCCCUGAGGAAAUAUGGAAGCAAGUGAAAAAUAAGCGAAAAAUAAUUCAGAGGUUAGCUGAAUGUUAUUAAUUAUUUCAGUUCAAAAUUCUGUAUUGUCUUAACAUUUUCAUUCUUAUCAUCGUGCUUGGCUGGGACAGGAAAACGCAAGGAAUAAUUUUAAGAGCCCCUGGCUAAAACAAGAUGGAAGCACUGCUGUGCUGAGCUUGCGGUGCCUCAUGCAGAGCAAGUUUGCUUGAGGUCGGUCUCCCAGCCAAGCUGCAGCAGCUGCCCAGGCGUCUGGCACGGCUCUCCCCUGGGGCUGGCAGCAGGUGGCACGCUGCCCUGCAGGAGCUUGGGCGCACAGCAGUGCAAAAGGGAAGGUUAGCACACUGAGCAAAUGCCAUUUGUAAGCUUUUGUGAAAGGUGUUCGAGCUAACGCAUUUUAUCUCCCACCCGCUGCCCCCACUAACAGCAUGCAGCAGCCAGUUCUGCAGCCCAGCUGAUGCCCAGGAAUUCGGCGCCUGGCAGCAGCUCACACACGUGGCUGAACCCCUGCAGUGAUGGUGUCUGGGUAUAUAUGAGUAUCCCUGUAUUACCCUUACAAGCGUGGCGCUGAGAGCAGGCUAGGACAGGCUGAGUCAUGCCCUGCGCAUCAUUUUGUCGCAACGCAAGUGGCUGUAGCUCUUCUGCCAGCUUCUAAAUGUCCCCCAUGAGGAACUGUAACUUUUCCCCUUCCCCACAGACUCCUAUGGUAACAGGAUGUCAGUCAACAAAUAACACCCUCCUCCACAAGCAACAUUUUCCUUCACAAGGCAACCAUUCUUCUAGAAUAAAACUGUUUUAUUAGUUUGCACUCUUGACUGUAGGCUUCAAAUCCUAACAAACUAAGCUGGGAGGAGGACCAGUGACCACCACCUAGCUGAUACUUUCAAAAUAACCGUAAUGAAAAAAAAAAAAAAAAAA